GUAGGAACGGUAACUAGCCUGGUAGAUCUACCGUCGCAUAUUUCCACAGUAUUUUCAUUCAGUUUAUUUAAUUUCGAGGAAAAGGUUGCAGCUCUUGAUUGGUUACACUGGGACACAAACUGACAAAGAAAGCAGACGAAGAAUUGACCUUUAUGUGAGAUUGUCUUUGUUAAAAAGUAAUUAGAAUAUUGACAACAAGAAAAGGGCUUCAUGCAAAAAUUUGGACACUUUACAUGAUUCAGGAUCAAGGAGCAUCAACUACAAGACCCCCAAGAAGUUUGAAAGAGAAAAAUUUAAAGACACAGAAGAAAACAGAAGAAAGAAGACAAGAAAAGAUGAUGUGAAAGUUUUCAUAAAUAACUGGACCGUGGGAAGAAACAUGUCUUGGAAGAGUUCUUCUAUUGUCAGCUAUCCUGAUUCGGACGACGACAAUGAUCCGCUUCACUACAUCAAGAAGUCCCGUCCAAAACAGGAGAAUGUUCAGUAUAAUCCAGUGUACAAAAACAAAAUAGGGAAGACUUCUGCACACCCUCGAGAUCCCAGGCUGGAAAAUAGAAACAGGGAUCCUCGCUUACAGUCCAGAAAUAAUGAAACGAGGGACCCUAGACAUCAAUCGAAUAAUGUUGAAAAUCGAGAUCCACGACAAGCAGCCAAGCAUGAAAUGGAAGAUUUUCAUUACGCACCUGUUUAUGGUCGAAAAGUUAAGGACAUCGGGAGGGAAUAUGAAAAUGCAUCACGUUCCAAUUCAUACGAAAGUGCUGGGGCAAGAUGGAAACAAUACAAAUCAGAGAAAGCUGCAGAGAUAUCAAGGCCAGAGAAAUUUCAGAGUGCGGAAUCUGGUUGGAAGAAGUUAAAAUCCGAAAACAAAUGGGACACUUCGAACUGGACAAAUGCCAGCGAUUCAUCCGACGACGAUGGUGAUAAUUAUAAUAGAAAAACGCCCAAAUCUAAAAUUGAUAUAUUUGCAAAUCCAGAGGAAGAAACCCCUAACGAAGAAGAGUCAACUGAAAAGGGCUUUUGGUGGAAAUAUAAAGACGAUGAACCUCUUCCCGAUAGUAUGAUUCUGGAACGUAAUUCAAAAUCUGAAGAGAAAAAUGACGAUCUUUUUGAUGAUAUUCUGAGUGGCAAUCUUGUUGACAAUAAUAAAGGCAAUGAAAAAGAAGAUGAAUUUAACGAUGAUUUCUUGUUUGAUGACGUUUUAAUGCAAUCUAGGAAAGUUCUAGAAGAAGGCAAAGCUUUUCUAGGUGAAUCUGUUACCGAAUCACAAGACGAAGGAAGGGACCACAAUAAAUAUAUUUACGAAACCGAUAAAAGUUUUAUGACGGACUCAUCCUCAUUGCAAUAUAAAGCAUCGGAUAACGUUCAGACACAAAAUAGAUAUAAUGUGGCCGAUCUGUAUCCUGAGAAAGCUGAUGUGGAUGAUAGAAAAUAUGAUGACUUGUAUAAACAGGUAGAUGAUGAUAAUGACACAUGGGCACGCUCUGUCACAGUAGAGAAGAAGGAAUUCUCUAACUGGUCUGAUGAAAGCCUUUCUCCUAUUCGCCACGAAGAACCAAGUCCAGAUAGACAUGUUGAGGUAAAUCUAGUCAAGAUGAAAAGUCCUGGAAGAUCUAGAGAUGAUUCUCCUUAUCAAAGAUCCAGGGAAAACAGAGAGGAAGAUACUCAUUCUCCCUAUGAUAAUCGUGAAUCGAGGGACAACAGAAAGAUGGAUUCCAUUUCAUCCCCUUACUCUUAUCAAAACAGAAAGGAUGAUAAUGUUUCUUCUUAUAAAAAUCGUUCUCCGCCAAACCGAUCACCCUCUCGGCGAGAUCAUCCUCAAAAGCCUCCUGUAAGUCAACCAGCUCAACCAAUAAGUAGGAACCCUUACGAAAAUCCAAAACUGAAUGUUGAUAAUAUUGAUCUGUAUUUCGAUGACUUGAUGGAAUGGAAUUACAGUCAUCGCUGCCUCAUCUGUGACAAAACAUUUGAUAAUCUAACCAAGUGGACAGAACAUAUUCUAGACACUAAACAUGGUAGGGAGUUUCAUCUUGAUCCUUACAGGUGCCCACCAUGUCACGAAAUGUUCCGAAAUAAACAGGAGUGGAAAAUGCAUAUGGCAUAUGCACCUUCUCAUGGCUUCAUGGGAAGCAUCAAUGUACCGAAGACAUGCACAGUUCUACCACCCUCACCAGCUUUUCCUGUGCAACACGGCUGGAGAUGCAAGAGUUGUUACAUUAUAUCGCAGACAGACGAGGACGCCAUGCGUCACAUAAAGUACGUUCAUCUUAUCCACACCGCCCUGUAUCCAUGCCCGUUGUGCGGUGAACCUUUCUGGCAUCAACGAGAUCUUGACCGGCACGCUGAUGAUGUUCAUGCUCCACCUAAAUAUCAGUGUGACAUUUGUCAGAGGGCUUUUGAAUCUGGCGAAAAGCUUCAAACUCAUCGCUUAAUAAAGCACUCUAAGAAAAUUACGUGCUACAAAUGUGAGAAGCAGGUUGAUGAACUUAUUUUCAAGGAACAUUGUGAAAUGCACAAGCUUGAGAUGCGUAAAUGUGACUACUGCGGAGAUGUAUUCAAGGACAGUUAUCACUUGGAAAAGCACGUUAGAAACGAUCACAAGAAACAUCGACGACGUCAUCGAUCUUCUUCAAGAUCCCCAGAUCGUCGAUCAUCGAGACGACGAUCUCGCAGAAGUAGGUCGAGGUCGAGAAGAAGCUCAUCGAAGUCUCGGAGGAGCUCAGCAAAAGACGAGCAAGAUAAAACAGAAGAAAAGACACGUCGAAGCAAUUCUCCCAGAAGUCAAGAACCUUCAAAGGAAAAAAUCAAGGAAAGUAAAAGAUCCUUGUCUCAGGAUUCGAGCAUUCCAUCAAGUAGCUGUGCCACUCCAACAAGGGAUGAGGAAGAGGAUAUAUUUCCUCCUGGAGAUGAAAAUUUUAAACACUCGUCAUCACCAAAUCGAAGUCAUGAAACCAUGGAAACUGCUCCUGCAGAAGAGGAAGACAGCCGCCAGAGUCGCGAAUAUUCUUCCACGCGAUCUCCACGUGGAAGGCGAGAUUCGAUCGAAGAUGAUAGUUACUCAAGGGGAAGUGAAAAGUCAAGUAGUUAUCAUCGAACACGUUCAACAUCACACAGCUCCAGAGAUCAUCGGUCAUCUCGUCACAAGAGAAGUAGAUCUCGUGAUGAUUAUUCCUCUCGACGGUAUUGGAGCAGGAAAACUAGUCGAAGUGAAUCGCGAUCCCGAUCCCGAUCUCGGGAUAGAGGAUACAGCAGUAGCAAGGGGUCAAAAUACGGCGAUGAUGAUCGUAGAAAUAGCAGACAUCUUGAGGAUCGUGUUGAUAAAGAUUAUGACGAAAGAUCAGACUUAGAUGUUGAUAGAAAACGCUUAGUCCCCGAAACACUAAAUGAGAACUCGUCAAGAUCAUUUAAAGACGGGUCUAUUCACGAGGAUGAGGAUGGGGAUGAUCAAGAGGAAGAAACCGAAUGGGAAAGACGGAUCAGCGUGAAGAUGAUUGUCAAGGACGAAAUCUGGGAGAAGGAGGAAGAUGAAAAGGCUAAUACUGAAUCGGCCAAGACGGCCCCCAAGGACCUCCCAAUAUUUGACAUCCCCAUGGAAGAGGACACUGAAAAGUCAUCGCCCGAAAAACCAGUAGAGAACGCAACAUGGGUUGUGGAAAAGCCGCCUGAUGAAAACAAAGAUUCGAAGAAUGGCAAUGAAAGUGACGAGGAGGAUAAGAAGCAAUUCGUUUGUAAAGAAUGUGGAAAGUCGUUAGGAUCCUUAAUGCAGUUGCGCGAUCACUUUACCGUGAAACAUAAGAAAGGGUUUAACCUGCGGAACAAGAGACCUUCUAGUGCUGACGUGAAAAAAAGUCAGCCACUUGUAGCAAAGGAACCGAAAUUGUCAGAAGAGCAAAAGGAGAUUGCCAAACUAAUUGAGGGCUUCGAAUAACUGUUUAAUCGUAGCUGUAUGUAAAUACGUGUGCGUAUAUGUAGGAAAUUACUUUUGGCCAUUGAAAUGAAAUUCAACUUGGAACAUAUCUUUUUGAAGGUUUUUUUCUGGAAACACAAAUAAAAUUUGAUAACUAAAGUAUGUAUCAUGAAUCUUCAUCAGACCUUACCUUCAAAC